UAGGUUUCGAUAUUUGGAUUAACGUUGUUGGUAGGACUAUUCAAGAUGGCUGCCCACGAGCCUGGUGCUAAACAGAUAGAUGUUACAACGUUGCCGAUUCCACAUUUGAAUCAUUUAUCUCAACAAUUGGAACAGGAAGUUGAGUUUCUGACAAAUUCAAUAAAUCAGUUAAAAGUUGCCCAGGGAAAGUUUAAUGAAUCAGAUGAUGCAGUUUCACAACUUGGGGCAUCUGGUGCUGACAUACUAGUGCCACUUACAGCUUCUAUGUAUGUACCUGGCAAACUUAGUGAAGAUAAUGAUCUAUUAAUAGACAUUGGAACUGGCUAUUUUGUUUCUAUGAGCAAAGUAAAGGCCCAAGAUUUCUUCAAAAGGAAAAUAGAAUACUUAACGAAGAACAUAGAGAAGGUCCAGCCCAUUUUACAAGAUAAAUUUAGAUCAAAGCAAGUUAUCAAUGAAGUUAUGCAAGCAAAGAUCCAAGCUCAGUUAGCUGCCAUUCCUGCUGGAGCUAAAGCAUAGAGUUUUCCACUCCAAGUUUUUUACUUGACCAGUAUUGUUGGCUGCCAUUUGAAACUAUUUCUUUAAGGACUAGAUUGUUUGAAAAUAUUUGCAGGGUUUAAUUAUUUCAAGCUUUAUCAUUUGGUCACCAGACAGAUUUGUCUCAUGAUGGGUUGGCAAGCAACCAGUUAGCAAGUUCUGAAAUUAUCUAGUAAAGCUAAUUACUGGUCUCAUGAUAGGUUGGCAAGCAACUAGUUAGCAAGUUCUAAAAUUAUCUAGUAAAGCUAAUUACUUGUAAAUAAACCUGAUAUAUAUUCCUAAUGUGUGUGUGUGAGAGGUGCUUGGUCUAUGUGUAGCUAAUGCUGCUGCAAGUGGUUGUUUGACACUUUCCUCUGAC